AUGGCCGCGAAGGACGCAGACCAAGGUUUGUCUCACCUCCUCGCCAGCACUGAUCCCGCCCAACGCAUCGUCAUCAUCGGGGCGGGCAUUGUUGGCUCUUGUUUGGCUUCUAUUCUCGCGACAGAUCAACACCGCCAGCAGGAACGACGACACGUGGUGCUCAUCGAUCGAGACGUGCACGGUCUUCCAGGGUCUACAGGUCACGCACCUGGCUAUGUUGGACAAUACAACCAGAUCCCUGCCCUCACCACGCUCGCCAAACGGACAGUGAGAAAGUACCUCGAAAUCAAUGGCGGCUUCAACGUUGUUGGCGGGUUGGAAAUCGCACAGUCCGACAAAACCGCACAGUCAUUGAAGGAGCGAUGCGAGGCCGCGACUUCUGCCGGACUCAACGCAAAGAUGAUCAGUGCCGAUGAUGCGCUCAGCAAAGCACCAUUCUUUAUCAAGGCAGGAGGCGCAAAGGAAGCAUUAUGGUUCGAGAAGGACGGCACGGCAAAUGCGCAGCUCAUUGCCCGGCACGAGCAACGACGUGCCAAGCAGCACCGCGCCUUGCUCAUCGAUGCUGAUGUCAAGUCCGUCGCCUCAAAGCUGGUGGUGCUCGCCGAUGGCACGAGGGUCGAAACGGCCAAGGUCGUUCUGUGCACCGGUAUCUGGACACGCGCGCUGUUGCCUUCGCUGCCGAUCGUUCCUGUUGCGCAUCCGUACUGCUACACGGCACAACGCAGCGAGCCAAGAGCUAUCAAGACCCCUUUCGUUCGCUACCCAGAGGCCCAUGUCUACGUUCGCGAUCAUGGUUUGCGGGAUGGCAUCGGUUCUUAUGCUCACGACCCUAUUGCUGUUGCCAACUCGCAGCUGACGCAGUCGGCAUAUGGAGAGUGGCACACCGCGUUUGAGCCUAUUCUUCGGGAUGCACUGGCACUGCUUCCCUCCGAGACGAGUGAUACCUUCUCGGUCAGUCCCGCCAAUGUUGGGCACGAUCGCGUCUUCAAUGGCAUUUUCAGUGUCACUCCAGACGGCAUGCCUCUUGUCGGAAAGGUCAAGCAUCACGAAGGGGUCUAUGUCGCAUCUGCGGUAUGGGUCACGCACGCCGCUGGAUGUGCUCGGCUCAUUGCUGAUGUACUGAACGAAUGCGUUGCCGAAGGGGAUCGAUGGUUGGUCAAGCAGCUCGAUCCUCACAGAUUCGACGAGAGAGAUGCCACUGAACUCGAGAAACAAGCACUGGGAACGUACAACGACAUCUACAACAAGAAUGCUCAGCAGCAUCGACAGUGA